AUGACGUCAGCUACUGAGAAACCACGAAGUGAAAAAAAAUGUUUGCCGAUGUUUGUUGUGAGCAUUCCUGACCAAGAGACCGUUCAAUAAACCGGUAUUCAGACGGAAAGCAGUCCAGCAUCCGGAGAACAUCUUCUGGAGCACACCUACGUUUUCACUUAUUUUGUGCGGCCGAACGGAAAAUUCGAUCCCGUGGAAUACGCCAACUACGUACAACCAGUCGCUUCGGUUUCAAGUGUAGAACAGUUUUGGUCUAUCAUUUCGCAUGUCAAGCGUCCUACUGGUUUGUUGAAGCUUCUUUACUGAAAAUAAGUCUUCGAUCUGCAGAUAUGGCUGACAAGGCCGACCUGCAUUUUUUCAAAAAAGGUAUUAAACCCGUUUGGGAAGAUCCGGCAAACAUCAAAGGAGGAAAAUGGAUUAUUCGUUUGAAAAAGGUUCAAUUCUAAUUUGUAUAUCAACUAAAUUUGACAACAAAAUCAACCUAUUAAACUUCAAGAAAAAACUUUUAAAGAAAAUCAACUGCUUCAAAACUAUUAAAACUCUCAAGCGAACGAUCUAAAAAUUUCUUGUAUUUUUAGGGACUUUCAUCGCGCUACUGGGAAAAUUUGUUGCUCGCAAUUAUUGGAGAGCAAUUCAACGUUGGGAAUGAGAUCUGCGGAGCCGUUUGUUCUAUUCGGAACCAAGAGGACAUCAUUUCUCUCUGGAACAAGUCUGUUGCUCUCUUUUAUGACUGCCUUCACUAGAUAGUUCAAAUUUCUGGUUUUUUGCGUUUAGUGUCUUUCUUUUGCAUGGAAAGCAGAUGUUUCCAAGAAAAAAAACUAACGAUGCAAUAAAGCAGUAGAGCAAAUUGAUUAUCUUUCAGAACGGCGGAGCAUGUGGAAGUGACUAGUCGGAUUCGGGAUACGGUCAGACGCUUGCUUCAGCUUCCAGUCAAUGCCGUUCUCGAGUACAAAAAGCACGACGAUUGUCUCAAGUAAUUAUUUUAUCUUUGAAAACUUAACUUUUUCGUGCAAAAAUCUGAUCCAAACCGUGGAAAUUAAUUCACAGUACACAAUUACUGAGCCGAAAAGUUUUUUUUUCCGUUUGUGCGCCUCGAAAUACCACGUUGCAACAAAAAAAGAAGACCACAAACGCACUAGAAAUUUUUUUCGAUUAUCAAAUAACCGUUAACGAUUUUAGGUAAAUCCAAAUUUUAGACUCCAUUAGAGAAAAAAAUAAGAAAAAAACUUCUAAUCUGAAGAAAAAAAGAGUUCUUAAUGACAAAAAUAGAUUUUGUGAAAUUUUCAAAUAAUUGAAAAACAGUUUUCAUUUAUUUCGAGGAGUCGAAGAUGUUACUGGAAUUUAUUGCAGAGAUCAAAGUAGCUACCGUCACACGAACGUGGACGUCGCCCACCAUUGGGAUCGCAACGACAAGUCUUUCUGA